GAGCGCGUUGCCACUGCGGCAGCUUCGGUGCAUCCUGCCUGCUGCGGGGUUCGUUUCGCGCCUGUCUCGUCUCGAGUUCAGAGUUGUUCCUCCGAAGGGAUUCUCGCGGCCGAAGGGACCACCGAGGACCAAGAACGAUUUUCGAGUUUUCACGCCGGAGUAAAACCGUAACUAUCGAUACCGAUCGCGCGGCAACGAGAUCGCCUGUGAUCACGUGACCGCGGUCCUUUGUACUUUCGUACUCGACGAUUGAUUGGGAAGUGCCCUCGCGCAAUCGCGGCCCGCGCGGGGAACAUGUUCUGAGAUCGAGGGUACACCCACUUCGACCUUGUCGCCGUUUCUCCUCGACUUGUGUGAUCGAACACCGGAAAUCGAACGGAAAGAUGACGAGCGAGUCACUGGCGCGCGAAGUGGACGCGCACAUCGUCACCAUCCUCUCGCGGCUGUCGGCGCUGCGGGAGAACAAUGCCGCCGACAACGUCGCCGACAGGAAGACACCGAUGUCCAUCGAGGUACGCAGUCUGGAGUUGUGGCGAGCGGUGGCCGUCGAGUGUCUGGCGACCUUCUUCUUCGGCCUGGUGGUAGCCGGCGCAGCAGCCGCCUCCGCUGUAUCCGGAAGCGGGCUCUCUGUACUAGCCACCGCUGUGGCUUCCGGCUUCGCCAUUGCCGCGAUUUCGCUCAUCUUUAGUCAUAGGAGCGGUGGACAUGUGAAUCCAGCGGUCUCGGUGGCCUUUGCUUUGUGCAGACGGAUUUCCCCACUUCGCGCAGUACUCUACAUAGCGGCACAAUGCGGUGGCGGUAUAGCAGGGGCGGCGAUGCUUUACGGAGUCGCUUCACCGAAUACGCAGACUCUCACAUCCCCUGGUCGAUUAGGAGGCCCAAUUGAAAGGCUUUCAGUUGAACUAGCACUGUCAGUGUUUAUCGUACUAGCCCAUUUCGCUGCAGCCUCGCCUAGAUCAUUGCCACCUGUGAUUUCCUCGAGGGCUUCCGCAGUUUUGGCCGCAGCUUACACGGCAGCCACUCUUGUUGCUAGUCCCUUCUUGAAUCCAGCGCGCGCAUUGGGUCCGGCCUUUGUCAUGAACCGCUGGGACAACCACUGGGUGUACUGGGUGGGCCCGUUGACGGGGGGCGCCGUGGCUGCUCUGCUGCACGAGUACGUCCUGAAUCCCAAGCGGACGAAGGAUUCGCGCGAGGUGGACGAUGGCGACAACUCCUCUAUGAGAUCCGACGAAGACACCUAUGACGACCUGGACAAGCCAAACGGGCCGAAAUUCCCCGGCGCGUACGCGACCUAUCGUCCGGUGGCCGGAGCAUCCUCGUCGAUCUAUAGUGCACCGCCGUCUGCGCUGGAGCGCGUCGAGUCGAUCUACGGUGGCACCAAGUCACUCUACUGCAAAUCGCCGCCGUUGACGCGCGCCAAUCUGAACCGCUCGCAGAGCGUCUACGCGAAGUCAACAUCGGGCCCUCGGGACGGCUUGAUGAUCCCAAAGCCGGGUCCGCUGGUGCCGGCACAGAGUCUCUAUCCGAUCAGAUUGGGCCAGACCGGCUGCCAAAACGGCGGUGCUACUCGUGAGAACCAAGCGGGGCCAGGCGCUCCGCCGAGUCAGUCAUCGCAGAACCACAACAGCACCAAUCAGAACACGCAGAAUCAGCUGCAACAGUGCACGCAGAGCAUCUACGGCAUCCGCGGCAUUUCCACGAGCCUCAGCACUCGGGAGAACGGCAUCUACGGGGUGUCCACCGGCUCCAGCAUUUACGGUCGCGCACCGGCGCCGCCGCCGGGUAGCCAAAGCUCGCAGCAAUCUGGUCAGAGCGGUCAAUCCUCGAUGCAGAAUCAUCCACCACCACCGCCGCCGUCGCAGCAGCAGCAGCAGCAGCAGCAGCAGCAUCAGAAUGGACCGCUGUCCAGCAACUCGGACACCGGGGCGAACUCCAGACGGCCCGAGAGCAUGUACGGUCACGUGUCGAGGCGUAGUGACGAUUCCGCGUACGGCAGUUACCAGAGCUCGACGCGAGGCAACUACGGCAAGGUCCCCGGGCCACCGGGCCCGCCGCAAUAUCGUGACCAGGGUAGACCGAGCCCGGCCGGGCCGCUUCAGCAAAGCCAGAGCGCGCAGAGUAAUUUCCAAAGAAAUUCACCGAAUCCUCAAUACUGACCAUAGGUUGAGAAGUCGAUGGAUCGCCCAUACUGCCACGAUUCGUGCGAUCGGCGAAUUCGCCUCUGCAUCGAGGAGUUAUGAAGACGAAGUAGCGCUUCAGUGAUUAUUUCGAAAACCUCGCGUUUCAGUGAGAACUUUGCUCUCGGAACGCGAGAACUCGUUCUGGCGAGUUGGAAUGCUGCCACAAAGUGCCAUUCGCAGCGGUCAGCUCCGUUGGAAUUCAUUUUUAUCUUUAUGCUGCUUCGUUCUGCAUCACGCAGAAAUAUACUACCGUACAAUGCCGUUCGCGCUCGAUAAUAAGGCGCCGUUAAGACUUGAGACUUGUAAAUAGGUAAUAGAUUAAGAUACGUAUGUUAGAUUUAAAAAAAUGUUUCUGCGCGACAAAUGUCGCAAGUAAACUGCAUGAUUCGAUCGAGAGAAACUUGCGCCGGUGUUUUAUAAUAUCAAUUUUGUAAUCGGAGACAUACAUGACGUACACACUGUAUAUUGCUAAUAGGCGCGAGCGAGAAAUGGGGAAAAAAUCGAGGUAUGCCGAAGAAAGAAGCUUUAUCUUCGAUGAACUCUGCUUAAUUUCAACAACAUGAAAUCAGCGAUCGAUCUUUGAGGUGGUUUAUGUAUAUCAUUGCAUCUAAGUGUAAAUAUUUAACAUGAAUAUUUUAAUUUAAUAUGCUCGUAUUGAAAAGAGAAUAUUAAUUUUAUUUGUAUCAGCUGACACUUCCAUGCUAAAUAAUGACUGCAUAGAACUGAUUUGGAGACUUUGCUCGUGCGGGACAAUGGCACAUUUUUGCGACGAUGGAAAUAAGCAAAGAAAGUAUUACUCGAUGAGCAAUAUUCUGUUUUAUAUCUCUUACAUGUCGCUAGCAAAUUACAACGAAUAUUAAAUUGACGAUGAUGCCAGCUGAUUAACGACAUUUGUGUAUAAUCUGAGUGUUAAGGACACGUACACGCACGUAUAGUUAAAUUUUGUUUCGAUGAAUAUUCUUUCAAAGAAUAAUUGCAUUUUGUGGUAUAUCAAUUAUAAUAUUUUCAUUUUAAAGUUUAUAACUCAAUUUUAGAUAAUAUAAAUUAUUUGUUACAACAAGCGGUAUUCCAACUAUUCCAUAAUUGUCUAUCGCACACAUUUAUUAAAAGUUUAUUUAUGACACGUAAUCACCAAAUAGAAAUUUCGAAAACUCGAAGUGAAUUAUAUAUACGUAAACUAGCUAUCAGAAAGUUAUUGAUGUGAACGCACAGAAAUUGUAUUAUAGAGAAAGAGAAAUAGAUAGUUAGAUCUUUUUUUUGCAUAAACAUCAUAAUUUGUACAUACAUAUUAUGUGUAUUUAUUAUAAUCUGCAUCAUGACGUAGUUGUAAGUUUUGAUAAUUGUUAUAUUCGUAUAAAUAUGCAUAUAUUUCUAAUAUAUACAUAUUAUAUAAACUUGAACGUGCAAACAUUAUAAUAUGGAAUAUAUUAGAAAAUAUCGACAAUAAAUGUGUCUAUACAAAAAUG